AGUGCAUGGCAACACAACAGUAAUCUGUCAAACAGAACCAAAGCAGCUGUAAUUAUACGUGUUUUCAUCCAAUAUUUUUGUAUUACAAUAAACCAUGGUUUUGUGAUGAUAGAUUGGUGAUAAAUGCGUUAAACGAACAUGUCGAGCCGCCGUUCGAUGCUCGGUUCGGCGCUGGAGUCCCUCCCGGCGCCUACGGACCCGUUGCGCGACUUAUUCGAGGCUUGCAAAAUAGGGGAUGUCGCUCGCGCAAAAAAGCUAAUAUCUCCGCAAACUGUUAAUGCCAGGGACACGGCCGGCCGGAAAUCGACACCUUUACACUUCGCUGCAGGCUAUGGUCGCAGAGAAGUCGUAGAGUUGCUGAUCAGCGGCGGGGCGGCGCUGCAGGCGCGCGACGAGGGCGGGCUGCAGCCACUGCACAACGCGUGCUCGUUCGGGCACGCGGACGUCGUGCGCGCGCUGCUGGCCGCCGGCGCGCCGCCCGCCGCGCGCGACAACUGGGGCUACACGCCGCUGCACGAGGCCGCCGCCAAGGGGAAGGUGGACGUUUGCAUCGCCCUACUGCAGCACGGAGCCGAGCCAAACAUACGGAACACGGAAGGCAAGACGCCGCUCGACCUAGCUGACUCCGCUACCAGGCCGGUUCUCACAGGAGAAUACUGCGCAGCGGACGUGCUGGAAGCGGCGCGCUCGGGCGCCGACGAGCGGCUGGCGUCGCUGCUCACGCCGCUCAACGUGAACGUGCACGCGAGCGACGGGCGCCGCUCCACCGCGCUGCACCUGGCGGCCGGCUACAACCGCGCGCGCGCCGUGCGCCUGCUGCUGCAGCGCGGCGCCGACGUGCACGCCAAGGACAAGGGCGGGCUGGUGCCUCUCCACAACGCGUGCUCGUACGGCCACUACGAAGUGACGGAGCUGUUGGUGCGCGCGGGCGCUGACGUCAACGCGACCGACCUGUGGGCCUUCACGCCGCUGCACGAGGCCGCCAGCAAGGCGCGCCUGGAGGUGUGCUCGCUGUUGCUGAGCGAAGGCGCGGACCCCACCCUGCUCAACUGCCACGGCAAGUCUGCGCUGGAUGUGGCGCCCACCAGGGAGCUGCGGGAUCGACUGGCGUUCGAGUACCGCGGGCAGGCGGUGCUGGAAGCGUGUCGGCUGGCGGAGGUGGUGCGGCUCAAGAAGCAGUUGUCCACGCCGGGCGCGCAGGACAUGCCGAUGCAGUGCGCGACGCAGCCGCCAGCACCGGCGGCCAGCGAGCGCGUCACCGAGCUCGUGAACUUCCAGCACCUGGGCACCGGCGACCGGCCGCUGCACUGCGCCGCCGCCAGCGUCUACCCCAAGAGGAAACAGGUGAUGGAGAUCCUCAUACGCAAGGGCGCGCGCGUCAACGAGAAGAACAAGGACGGGCAGACGCCGCUGCACGUCGCCACCGACCACGCGCACCUCGACGCCAUGGACCUGCUGCUGCGGCACGGUGCGAAGGUGAACGCGUGCGACGGUCGCGGCGAGUCGGCGCUGUCGCUGGCCGCGCGCCGCGACUGCGCCGCCGCGUGCCGCCUGCUGCUGGCGUGCGGCGCGCACGCCCCGGACACGCGGCCCGACUCCGACGACGCGUGCUCGAGCGCGGCGGCGCUGCGGCUGCUGGAGGCGGCGCGCACGGGCGACGUGGACGCGGCGCGCGGCAUCCUGGACGCGCGCGCGCGCCUCGUCAACUGCCGCGACGUGGACGGCCGGCACUCCACGCCGCUGCACUUCGCCGCCGGAUACAACAGGCUACCUUUAGCGCAGCUGCUCUUGCAGAGAGGAGCUGACGUCCAUGCCAAAGAUAAAGGCGGCCUGGUCCCCCUCCACAACGCGUGCUCGUACGGACACUUCGAGGUGACGGAGCUGCUGGUGUCGGCGGGCGCCGGCGUCAACGCGGCCGACCUGUGGCGGUUCACGCCGCUGCACGAGGCCGCCGCCAAGGGCAAGGCCGACAUCGUGCGUCUGCUGCUCAAGCACGGUGCGGACCCGACGCGGCGCAACCGCGACGGUCUGACGCCGCUGCAGCUGGUGCGCGCCGGCGACAGCGACACGGCGGACGCGCUGCGCGGCGACGCGGCGCUGCUGGACGCGGCCAAGCGCGGCGACCUCGCGCGAGCCAAAAAACUGAUUACACCGCAAAACGUCAACUGCCGAGACUCGCACGGCAGGAACUCGACGCCACUCCACCUCGCCGCUGGUUACAAUAAUCUGGAAGUGGCAGAGGCGUUGCUAGAAGCGGGCGCGGCGGUGUCCGCGCGCGACAAGGGGGGGUUGGUGCCCCUCCACAACGCGGCGUCGUACGGCCACGUGGAGCUCGCGGCGUUGCUGCUGCGGGCCGGCACCCCCCCUAACGCCGCCGACCGGUGGGGCUUCACCCCCCUGCACGAAGCUGCGCACAAGGCGCGGACGCAGCUAUGUGCCCUGUUGCUGGCGCACGGCGCGGACCCGUUCCUCAAGAACCAGGAGGGGCAGACGGCGCUGGAGCUGGCGGGCGCUGACGACGUGCGCUCGCUGCUGCAGGACGCCAUGACGGGCAGCGCGGGGCCGGCGGCGGACAGCGCGCCCGCCCCCGCGCCGCUGCCGCCCCCGCACAGCCCCGUGCUGCUGCCCAGCGGGGACACCGCGCCGCUGCCGCUGCCUGUGAUGGCUAGCACGUACUGGUCGGAGGGCUCGCGAGGCAGCCUAGAGGACGCGGCUGGACGGCCCGCCUCCGCGCUCUCCACCUCUGAGUCGCUGCACACCUUCCUCACCAGUAUCGGGCUGGAGCAGCUGGCGCCGGUGCUGGAGCGCGAACAGAUCACGGUGGACAUCCUGUCAGAGAUGUGCCACGAGGACCUGCGCGCGGUGGGCGUGGCCGCCUAUGGGCACCGCCACCGCCUGCUCAAGGCAGCUCGUCACAGCCUGCAGGCGCACUCCGAAUGGUACGGCGGCACCACUCUAGUGGACGUCACGCCCAGCACCGGAGAGUGCGGAGAGAACGGAGAGAGCGAGUUCGCCGUGCUGGAGAGAGAGAUGCAGGCCGGCGUGCGCAUGCACCGGGACCACGCCGGCGGACACUUCACCAGAUACAACAUUGUUAGGAUACAGAAGCUGGUGAACGGGCGGCUGUGGGAGCGCUACCAGCACCGGCGGCGCGAGGUGGCGGAGGAGGCGGGCGCGCCCGGCGAGCGCAUGCUGUUCCACGGCUCGCCCUUCAUCAACGCCAUCGUGCAGAAGGGCUUCGACGAGCGGCACGCGUACAUCGGCGGCAUGUUCGGCGCGGGCAUCUACUUCGCGGAGCACUCGUCCAAGAGCAACCAGUACGUGUACGGCUUCGGCGGCGGCUCCGGCUGCCCGCAACACAAGGACCGCUCGUGCUACCUCUGCCACCGGCAAAUGCUGCUAUGCAGGGUGACGCUGGGGCGCGCGUUCCAGCUCGCCAGCGCCAUGAAGAUGGCGCACGCGCCGCCGGGCCACCACAGCGUGGCGGGCACGCCCUCGCACGGCGGCCUGUGCUUCCCCGAGUACGUGGUGUACAGGGGGGAACAGGCGUAUCCAGAAUACCUGAUCACUUACCAGAUAGUGUGCGAAGAAACCACGACGGGCGCUGUAUGAGUGUUUAAAGACUUUAUAAUGUGCAGUAUUAUGAAAUAAUUGUAAAAAAAAAACAAACAAAAAAUAUUAUUGACAAAAGUGAAAAUUGCGAAUGACGUCAUCAGUGAGUUUUGUGCAAGUUGUCAAAAACUUUCAAAAAUAUGCGUCUAACGUCAAAACUUUACGAAGUAAAAGUAUUUUCUAUUUUAUCAAUUUUUAGGGUUCCGUACGUACCUACUUUCAAAUACGGAAUACCGUUAUUACGGAAUACAGUUACAAAAUCGUGAAUUGCCUCGUUGAAGUAAUUGUUAUCUCAUAUGAUAUCAAAUGGCAACCACAGAAUAGAGAAUGAUACAGAUUGAGUUUUUACAAGCCGCGCGGUGAAGCCAGUGAAAACCAUAAAAAAAAACAAAUGCGUCUCCGUGACAGCUGCAUAAUGUUUCAAUCUACCAUAAACAAAGUUUUUUUUUCAUAAGUUGUAUUACACUAACAACAAUUACGUAAAUUAUUAUCAUAAUAGACUAAUAAUUCAAUAGGUAACCUAAAAAAAAUACUUUUUUUGUUUUUGUGAAUAAUUUUUAAAAUACAUAAUUUAUAAUAAUUUUUAAUAUACAAAACAUAAGACGCCAUUUUUCUUAAAUAAUAUUGAAAAUUACUAAUGCAACGCUUUGUGUCGUACUGACUCGAAAAUUCGUUUUUGAAUCUGUAUUUGCGCUCUAUCUGCAUAUUUAUUAUUCUUUAAUCUGUGAUGGCAAUGUAUUUGUUAUAAAAAUUGUGCGACUUUUAAGAUGAGGAACAUAACGUCCCAGGAAAAGUAAUUUAGAUAUACAAUAUACAUACGUAAAUUACAUACUUUAUUUUGUUUAUAUUUGUUGUGAAUAUUUUUUAAUAGUAAAAGAUUUUUCUGACUUUGAAUUUAGCGAAAUAACAAUUAUUGAAAUUAUAUAUUUGUAUUGUUGUCAAUAAAUUGGAUAUGAAUAUAAUUGAAAAUAAAAAUAAACUGUAAUUUAAUUGUUGUAGCCUGACCCAGAAAAAUAAAAAAAAUGUCGCCACGUUGCGGAAUAUAUGGGAACUAAUAUCUUCUUAAAAAGAACUUACGGCUCUGAGUUCUAGCCCUUUUGAGCCUCUUCCAUUUUUUUUUUAACUGGCUUUACGUUUCUAAGUUCUAGGCCUUCUUUUGCCUCAUUUUUUUCAUUAGUAUUUAUUUGAUGCUAUUAUUGAUAUAGUAUUAGUGGCGCCCCCUAUUUAGGUUUUUAUUUUUCUGUUCCGGCUACAUGUAUUUUGUCCUCGAAGCCCGUAAAUUCGGGAGCCAAUGUUUUUUUUUUUAUGUAAGCUAGUUUUAUUGGAACUAGGUUAAUUUAUAAUUGAUUAAAAAUAAUUAAAAUUGA